UUGUCUUGUAAACGAACGAAGGGCACAGGACCUCAGUCCGCCCGCACCCACCGCCGCCGCACGCAUGACGAGAACACGCUCGUCCCCGCAUUGCCGUCCGCCGCGACUACGACAACAUGAACUACGAGACUAGUGAUUUCCCAGUGGUCAUCAAACGCGAAAUCGAUACCGAAUAUCAUGAUAAUGAUCGUUAUUAUUCAUAUAUUCCACUGGACAUAAAACAACAACCUGAAGCACUGAUUCACGGGACAGCAUCGCCGACUAACCUCAUCGACCUGAGUGGCAGCUGUGAACGACCCCCGGUACAGACGUGGCUUCCUAAUGUUUCCUUCGACGGUGAGGAACGGGAAUACGCGCAGACACAGUUCCCGGUGUACGACCAGACUUAUCAAAAACAGUAUUCUAGAAAUCUCUCCUUUGACGAUUCUAAUUUUCAAGAAGAAUUACGCCCUUACUACGAAAACAACGAAAUUCCAAAAUUGGGCGUCAUUGGAAGUUGGUCAACGACGAAUGAAAUCUCACCUGAAACAGAAGAGCAGAGAAUCGCGAGGAAACGGAAAUCAUCGAAGAGGAAACCUUCAAGCUACGAGGAGAUGCAGGUGCAGCGGGUGAUGGCGAAUGUCCGCGAGCGACAACGUACACAGAGUUUGAAUGAGGCAUUCGCGAGUCUGAGACAAAUGAUUCCAUCUCUGCCGAGUGAUAAGCUAUCGAAGAUACAGACACUUCAACUAGCGACACGCUACAUAGAGUUCCUAUACCAUAUUCUGUCGAGUGGCGAGCAGGCGAGCGACAGUGGCAGCGAUACCGGCUCUGACCACGGCAAGUACCUCGCACAAGAUAAACUCAGCUACGCUUUCUCCGUAUGGAGAAUGGAAGGAGAGUGGACGAAUGGACAGACUUGAGAAAAAAACAUUAAGUUAGUAAAAGAAAAAAACAUCUAGUUGGUACAGGUUAACUAAUUACUUAAAAGACGAACUAUUCCAUUGAGUGAUUUAGUAAACAAGCUAGUUAUGUGAUACCUAUGUGUAAUAAAUUUAAUGUUUUGUGAUCUAAGUAGCUAAUGGCUGCGCUGACCGCUUUCUCACGCUAGGCGGCACUAGUUUUAUUGUAAGCAGAUCAAACGUCAAAUUGGCGCAAUUUAGC